AUGGUAGAGGUUGUCGAGAUCAUCUUAGGCGACAUGGUGGCAACUGUUGAGGAUAGAAUGGCCAAAGACGCCAUCUUGGACGAGGUCGAGGUUGCCGAGUUCUUGUCUGGCGACAUGCUGGCGAUUGUCAAGGAUGAUGGUGAUGAUGUAGAGGUCAAAAAUAUGAGACCGAUAGUGCAGAGAGGCAGCAUGCCCGGGAUUGUUGAGCUUAAAGAUGCCAACUACAUAGCUGAACCAGUCGGUGAUCAUGCCCGGGAUCAGUCCGAGUAUAGGGUGUUCAGCAUUGUGUACGGAAGCUCGCAGGGAGGCUGA